GAUAGGUGUGCAACUCAGUGAGAUAGGUAAUCAGCUGAUCUUUCCCGAUCUGGCCAGCAACUUUGUGAAAGUUAGGGAGGUGGAAGUCGGAUUUUAUCCUACUUGACAUUGCCAUGUUUAACUCGGUUUUGAGAACCGUCUGCAGACAGGCAGGCGGACACUGUCACCACGGUUUGAAACUAAGUGGGUCGCAGAAGACUGUUACUCCUGCCCGGUGGCUGAAAACGAAUGGUAGACUUCUGUCUGCAGUGCAGCAAGUACAAGUUGUGGAUGAGGGGAAGAAGCUGAAUGUCACAUGGGACGACGGUAAAUCGUUUGAUUUCCACAGUAUCUGGCUACGCUUCCAGUGCCCAUGUCCGGUUUGCCGGGAGGAGUCCAGUGGGUUAUUCCGCACGCGACCAGCAGAUAUUCCAUUAGGGUUGAAGAUUGAAGACGCUGUCAAGACAGAUACUGGAGACGUAAAGGUGCAGUGGAAAGAGGAACAGCAUCAUGGACACUUCUCGCAGGAUUUUCUACAGCAGCACAUUUAUUCAAAGGAACAUCUCCAGGCAAAGAAAGAGGUGUCCAAGCCGGUGUAUAACACCAAUAAAACGAUAGAGAUGCUGUCCUGGAAGGAUGUAGACAACUCUGAGGAGGGGCUUUACAGAUGGUUGCGGACGCUGAAUGAAGAUGGCCUAGCAAAGUUAUCUGGAGUUCCCAAGGAAAGAGAUUACUUAGAGAAGGUGAUCAGAAAAAUUGGACCAAUCAUACAUACCCCGUACGGUUACCUGUUUGAGGUAGCCACGCUUGAUGAUCCAGUUAAUGCAUCCUUUACGAGUGUGGCGCUGCACUUCCAUCAAGACCUCCCCGUGUACGAGGGACAACCUGGCAUCCAGUUCCUCCAUUGCCUCAGAUUUGAUGAAACUGUUAAAGGAGGAGUAACAAGGUUCCUGGACAUGUAUCAAGUUCUGGCUAAGUUCCGAGUUCAGCAUCCAAAUGAGUUUACAACACUUUGUAGGGUCCCUAUCUCCAUCCAACUGGAAUACGACAACAGUGACUACCCUGUCCUGAUGUCCAAAAGACGUCCGAUGAUAUACCUGGAUGACCAAAGAGAGGUCAUAUCGGUCGUGUGGCACACGUACAUGCACGCCCCGUUGGAAGUUCCGGAGGAAGACGUGGAGGAGUUUUAUAAUGCCUACCAACUUCUUGGACGAGCUGUCGAGUUUUCUGAGGAUGUAAUUGAAACCAAACUUAAACCAGGGGAGGUAAUAGCCUUCAACAACAGGAGAAUGUUGCAUGCUCGGAGCGCAUAUGAGGAAGGUGGUUCUGGUAAACGUCAUUUCCAGGGAGGUUACCUCAGUGCAGAUGAUUUCAAAAGCAGACUUUUGGUUUUGGCAAAGAAGGUUGGGGAUACAAGACCUGCCAUCAGAAUCGGAAACAACGACUGGCGUUAAACUGACAGCCAGAUGUAGCCCUACUAUGUGAUGCAGUCAUUAUAGGAAAAUACUGAAAGACAUCCUUCUAUGAAAAGCUUUCAUAAACUUAAGUAAAGACAAUAUCAAUUUUACAAACCUUUUGAUGUACAGCCCUCAAUACCGAUUCUUCGUUUAAGAAAAGUAUGAAUACCGUUCAUGUGCAUUUGUGGAUACUUUUGUCUUCCGCGAAGAAUACAUUUUGAAAAUGAUUAAUGCGCAAAGUUUAUGACACUAGAGAGAAUGGCUAAAUAUCUCUAUAUUAAUGUGAACUUUGAGGAUUGUUCUUACAGAAAUAGGUCGUUUUCACACGUAGCAUAGAAGUGUAAGAAAAUUAAGAUUUUUUCUUGUAAUUGAUUCAUGUGUUUGAUACAAUUUCACGUGCACAAUUGAUUUGUUAUGCUGGUGCAAUUUAAACAUGUUUACAUGCAUUACAUUAAAUGCUUUAACACUACGGAUGCAAGUUAGAGAGAUUUCAAUUAAUAUUGAAAACAUUCUAACUUCUAGUAGUUUGAAAUAUAGCGACAAGAUGCUUAAUCCUUAGUAUUUAUUACGGUGAUAUACAAGGAAGUGAAUGGACCAUUUCCACUUGACUCUCUUAGAAAUAAGAAAAUUCGAUAAACAACAGUUCAAAGAACCGUUGCUGCUUUAAAUUAAAACCUUUAUACUUGUAUUAUCAGCACUGUAACAGAAAAUAUUGAGAUAAUUUCAAUAAUAUGUGCAUUGUAUACGAGUUGAUUACAUAUGCCUUUAAAAUUAUAUCUAUAUUUGUAUUAAUAAACUAAAAAUUAAAAAGGAAAAUAAUAU